CAAUUACAAUCACCAAUAUUGAAUAAUAAUAAUAAUCAUCAUCAUCGUCCAGGUUUAUAUCAUCAUCAUCAUCAAUAUUCGAUUGGAUCGAAUGGAAUGAAAUUUCGUCGUGGCACUAUAGCUGAUAUUGAUGAAAAUGAUGAUCAUUUACAGCAACAAUCACAAUCAUCAUCAUCAACAUCAUCAUCUCCAUCAUCAACAUUAUCAUUAUUUGAUGCCAAUAAAACACCAAAACAAUCAUCAUCAUCAUCAUCACCAUUAAUUGCAGCCGAAUCAACGAAUGUUGUACAUAAAUUUCAAUUUGAAUUCAAACAUGAACCAUCACCAUCACCAAUGAUGAAAAAAACGACAACAACAAUUCUGCCAACGACAACCACGACGUCUACAACUGCAAAGACAAAUAAUAUUCCAAGAUCAAUAUCAGAAUUAAAUACACGUGGUACAAUUGUUACACGUAGUAUUGCUGAUAAUGGUAAUCAGAAUCAGAAUAUUAACAAUGCUGUUGAUGGUAGUAAUAAUGUGAGCAAUAAUCUUGGAUCAUCCUCAGUAUUGACAUAUCGUACACAUCAUCGUUAUAAUCAUCAUCAUCAUCAUCAUCCAUCAUCAACAGCAGCCGCUGUUAAUAUACAACCGGCAACAGUUACAGUCGAUGAAAUUGUUGAAAUUGGGCCACCAGAUAAUGAUCAUGAUCAAGUAGAAAUAGUUAAACAUUCAUCAUCUCUUCCUCAUAGAAAAAUACCGGGCAAUAAUGUUGAUCAUUUAGCUACGGCUUUAAUUGAUGAUAAAUCAAUAAACAGUACAAAUCCGAUUCCAAUGUUAAUGUCAAUACAAAAUCGUCAUAAUCAUAAUAAUAAUAAUCAUAAUGAUGAUGAUACUGGCAAUGGUGGACAUCCAAUGUAUUAUAAAUUUAAUAAUAAUCAUACUAUUCAGAAUAUUGUAAUACCAUUACCUGCACAUCGUUUAAAUGAUCGAUCAUUAGCUACAGGUGUUAUUGUUAUAUCACAAGAUCAUGGAUUUCCGCCAUUAUUUCAUACACCGAUUGAUGCAACAUCUUUUCAUCAUCAUCCACAUGCACAUUAUCAUCCUGUACAGGGGAUAUCAUCAUCAUCAUUAUCAUCGUUACCACGAUCACAGCCAGUAAGACGAUAUCAACCAACCACAACAUCGGCAACAACAUCAGAUAUAAAUCAAUUAUCCACUGAUAUUGGAAGACAUUAUCAUUAUGAACUUUUAUCAAAUAAUAAUAAUUUAAAUGAUUAUCAAAAUCAAUUGGAAAAUCCAUUUGGUGAUAGUCAUGUUACACCACGUUCAACAACAACAUCGACAACGACAACAACAACAACAACAACAACGCCUCCAACAACAGUGGUUAAUCAUUUUAAUUUACCUGCAACAACAAAUGAUUCAUUAAAUAAUAAUAUGGAACGAUCAACAAUAAUAGAUGGCAGCAGUAGUUCCAUUUCAAGUAAUAAUAAAUUUAAUCCACCAAAACGUGCUAUUCAAAAUCAUCAUCAUCAUCAAUCAUCAAUGAAAGCAAGAAUACAGGUAACACGACCAAAACCAAAUGUUGUUAAUAUUGAUCUAAUUAAAACUUUAACAACAACAACGAUGACAAAUCCUGAUGAUCAUGAAGAUGGAGUGGAUGAUGAUGAAUUAACCACAACUACAGCAACAACAACAACAACGAAUCCACAUAAUUUAUCAAAUGAAGAAUUAACAAUAACAACAACAGCCGCCACACCUACAAUGAUUGAUAAUCUUGAUAAACAAAAUGAUUCAAUACCAUUGAUUAUUACAUUGAAGAAUCAUCAUUUGGAAACAUUUGAAAUACCAAAAUCGACAACAAAAACAAAAAAACAACGAAUCGGUAGUGUGGCAACACGAAUACAAUCAUUGAGUAGUGAUAAAAAUAAUUUAGAUGAUGAUCAGCCACGAAAUUUUGAUAUAAAACUUAAAUCAAAAACAUUGGAAUUUUCUGAUAAUGGUAAACAUAAUGAUAAUGAUGAUGAUGAUCAUCGUAAUAAUCAUAUGGAAAGUUUUACAUUAAAACGUAAAGUUAAACAACAACCACAUUUGACAUUUUCAACACAAUCACCGAUUGCAAUAUUAAUGGAUCAUGAAGAAGCCGUAAAUCAUGAUGAACAUCCGGGCGUAUCCAAUGAUGAAAAUAAUCAAUCAAAACGUUCAUUUACUGGUUCAACAAAUGUAUUGAAUUCAUUGGUAAAAGAAUUAAAUCAAGCAAUUGAAAAUCGUAUGCGUGAAUUGGCUAAUCGAACCGAAUCGAAGACAACAACCACAACAUCGACAACGACAACAACAACACAGCCAUCAAUAUCGACAACGACAACCGAAAUGCCUGAAAUUACAACGACGACAACAUCAUCAUUUAUUUCGAAUUCAGAUGAAAAUGAGAGUACAGAAAUGGAAGAUGAUGAUGAUAAUGAAAAUGAACGAUCUACAACAACAACAACAACUCCAAAUACUGUAAGUACAGUUAUUUAUGAUGAACCAGAAACAGGACUAGAAUCAUUAUCACCAUCAACAACAACAACAAUGGCACCAAAUAUUGAAGAAAUUGUUGAUCUAACAACAACAAUUCCAACAAAAGAUCUUGACGAUUGUAUCGAUGAUGAUGAUCAUCAUGAUGAUGAUGAUAAAAAUUCUGGAUUAGAACGUGAAGGACCCGUAGUGAAAAUUGAUCGUAACAAACCAAAUGAAGAAACAUUGAAAAGACAUAUUAUACAUGAUGAUGAAGAUAUUGAAGAUUUACUUACAACAAUAACACCACGAACAUUUUUCCAUCAUCAACAUAAUCGUAAUGAUGAUAAUGAUGAUAAUAAUAAUAGCAGUUCCGGUGAAACGCCUACAACAACAGCAACAACUACUACAACGUUUGAUGAAUCAUUUACAACAACAGCCACUUUACCUACCAAUGUAUUUGGUAAACGAAAACAAACGACAACGACAACAGCUAAGCCAAAAAUUGAACGUGAAAUUGAUGAACAUGAAAUUGAACAAACAGCAACAUCGGCUUUAGAUCUGGAUGAAGAUGAUGAAGAAAAUGUAGUAAUACCUACAACGACAACAACAACCAAAGACAACUGAUAAUGCGAUUUCAAUUGAGGAUAAAGAAGAAGAAGAGGAAGAAGAAACGGAAAUGACAACGACAACAACAACAACACCGGCUCCAACUACAAC